ACUAGAGUAUUACAACAGUAAAGACGGGAAAGGCUUCGAGUUUCCUUCAUCCUUGCAUAUUCUCUCUCUACCGCCGUCCGUCCUCCGGUGCAAUGACUCCGAGAAGUCAACCGAUUUCUAUGUCUAUCAACCAUGUGUGCUUGGUAGUUUUUAUGUGUUUCUCUCUUUUGGCCUCGUCCUUCCACGCUUUUCAGUCCGACGAGCUCUUGGCCGAUGACGAAGAAUUUGGCCUCGUAGGAGGACAAUCUACCGAUGCGCAUCAAUCCAAAUCCAAUCCUUCAAUCCGACAGACUUCUAGGUCUUCCGGUAAGAGAUCCUCGGAUCUGGAUUCAGAUUCCAAGGUUCAAUUCCCACUCGAGCAUGCCUUCGGUGAUUCUGAUUUCUCCUCCGCCGGUACAUUCACCGCCCGCAUCAAGACCUCCUCCAACGGUGGACAGACUCUAACCAAACUACGAUUUUCAAGGGAGGACUUCACCAAUGCACAGAAGGAGAAAUUUAAGGAGCUGUUGGAGAAUGAUGACUUUUAUAGGAUUAGAGUGCCAUCCAAUGUUUUAAAUCAGCCUGGACGGGAAUACAUUUUCUCUUCCGUGAAAGCUAGGUGUCUUCCAAGGGGUAGCUUGGACGAGCAUUUUGUUAUUCAUAUGGAAGGGAUUAAUAUAUUGGCUAUCAAUUAUGGUUCUCCAGGGGCAUGCAUAUAUCCACGACCACUUACACUACCUUCAAAGUGGGUCUUCAGUUCAUACACAAUCUUAAAGAGUAGCGAGCAGGCGCCAAGAACCCCCUCUUUCAUCGAAGAGGCCCCUGGCGUAGGAGAUGGAGAAGGAGGAGAAGGAGUGAAGCCAAUUGAACGGUCUUUCUGGGCUAAAUAUUGGAUGUAUUUGAUCCCACUUGGCCUUAUAGUUAUGAAUGCGGUUACACAAGCUGCAAACAUGCCCGAGGAACAGGCUGGUGGUCAACCGGGUUCAGCUUCUUCAGCUCAACAAGCACCCGCAUCCAUUCAACGUGGCCCGAGUAGUAAUGCUGUCAGAAGAAGAUGAUUAGGUAAAUUAACUUAAAAUUUCACAACCUUUUGCCAAAGUGAAAUUGCCGAAAAAACAAUUUUACUUUUUUCAAUUGUAAUUGUGACAGUUAAGAGAUCACUUUACCACCCCGGGUUCUUCCUUAGAGAAUGCAGUUGAUCCUUGUUUCAUUUUUCUUAUGACAGACUUUGAAUUGCUUCAAUGGUGGAGGUGAUAAUUUAUCUUCUUGUAAUUCAUUUAUGAAGUAAUAAUAGUAGUAGUUGUAGGGGUGAUAUAAUUUCCACUCUUGUUUGUUUAAGAUUAUUUAUUUAUUAUAAGAAUGAUUUUAAACUCUUAUUUGAGUA